AUGAAGCUAUUUUUAUUUAAUCUUAAUAUGUAUACUUAAUAAGUUAUCUGGGUUUUGAACCAUGGCAAUUAUUUUUGCUAAUAAUUUUUUAAAUAAUCAUUUUCAAUGGGGUAAAUAUUACCACAUUUUUGUGAGGCAAUCAGGUUGGACCCAUAAUUGAUUUCUAUUUAUGAUAAAUGAUUCUUUGAGGUAAGUGUAAAUUAUAUACAAAAUUAUAAGUGAGAGGUGAAAACCAUUGUGUGAUAAAAAAUUUGUUAAAAGAAUUGAUAAAUUUUUUAUUUCAUUAUUAGAUAAAUUUUAUAUAACAUCAAAUUUUCCAUAAUAUAUUUGGCCUUUUUUCUAAAUAUUUAUAGAAAUCUUGGGAGAAUGAACAGAUAAUCUAUUCCUCUCAUUUGAUUAUUGAUUUAAGAAAAGAUUUCAAUUAAAUGAAUUGACAAAGUGAUUCCAUAUACUGAAAUAUUGUUUAUUUUUGUUAACAAUAAAUUAAAUUUUUGGAUAUGGCUUGGGAAUAAUCUUUGAAACCUAUGAUGUGGUUUGGGUUUGGAUUUCCAUUAAACAUGAACUGGGCCUGAAAAUUAUUUUUACUUAUGACCUAGGCUGGAUGAAGAAAUCAAUGCCAGUGAAGAUGCCAAGUAACAAAACAAUAUAUAAAGUCAAAUGUGACUAUAUUAAUUGUAAAACUUCUAAAAUAAGAAGUGACAAAAUAAAUAACCAUUAUAAACAUAAACAUCCUCAUGUCAAGUUAUCUGAUAUCAAAUUUACAAAGAUAGCUAUCAAAAAGGAUAAUAAUUGGGUAUCCUUAAAUAAAGAUAUUCCAUUCAAUAUCACAAAUGGGGUUGAAACCAAGUUACAAAAAAAAUCAAUAACAUCUUACUUCCAAAAACACAAAUCUUUUAUUGAAGAUUCCCAAAUUAUAUUAUCUCAUACAAUGCCCAGUUCCAGUGAUCUGCUGAUUUUGAAUAAUGAGCUCAAAUCUUUUACUGAAGAUUCCCAAAUUAUAUUAUCUCAUACAAUGCCCAGUUCCAGUGAUCUGGUGAUUUUGAAUGAUGAGCAUGAAUCUUUUAUUGAAGAUUCCCAAAUUAUAUUAUCUUCUCAUACAAUGCCCAGUUCCAGUGAUCUGCUGAUUUUGAAUAAUGAGCACAAAUCUUUUACUGAAGAUUCCCAAAUUAUAUUAUCUCAUACAAUGCCCAGUUCCAGUGAUCUGGUGAUUUUGAAUGAUGAGCAUGAAUCUUUUAUUGAAGAUUCCCAAAUUAUAUUAUCUUCUCAUACAAUGCCCAGUUCCAGUGAUCUGCUGAUUUUGAAUAAUGAGCACAAAUCUUUUACUGAAGAUUCCCAAAUUAUAUUAUCUUCUCAUACAAUGCCCAGUUCCAGUGAUCUGCUGAUUUUGAAUGAUGAGCAAACACACAAAGUUAUUGAAAAUUCCCCAAUUAUAUCUUUUUUUCAUCCAAUUAUCAAUCCCAAUGCAAGCCAAAAUAUUUCAAACAUUAAAGGCCCAAAUAUUAUUCAAUUAUAUAAAAAAAAGGAGCCUAAUGACCCUUUUCAUUUCAUAUUCUUUAGAAUGACAAAUAUCUUGAUUAAUUUCAUAAUUUCCAUAGGCCCAUGUCAAUAA